GCGCGGAGCUCGCAGUAACGCGGCAACCCUUGAGCUAAAAGCAUCGCGUCAGUGACCCGGUGAUUCGUGUUCGUGAAACGUGAGAUCCCUCGCUUGUCCACGCGACCAAAUUCGUGCGUGUGUCCCCCCACCGCUCGCGUGUUAUUCAUCGUGCGCCGGGAAAACUCGGAAAUCGCGAUCUCGUGUAUUACCGGACGAAAAUUCGCAAUCGUAUGACUCUAUUUCGCGUCGCGUGUGAUAUGUGAGGUGUGCUGCCACAUUUGACAUCGUUCGUCCUUGGACUGAGGGGGAGUGACGAGCCAAGGAGAGGGAACAUCCCGAGUAAGAUGUUUCACGGGACGGCGCAAUGGUCGACGCUGGUGUUGAUGUUACUGGGAACGAGGCUGUUGUUCGUGGUCGGCCAAUGCGGAUCUUUCGGCCAGGACCGACCAGAAAAGGAGGAGAAACAGGAUAAGCUGGCGCUGUACAAAGUCACUUUAAGGACUUAUUGGUCGAGAGCGCGAUUUCCACGACAUUAUCCGGAAUGGAAACCACCGGCCCAGUUCGGCAAGCUGAUCGGUCGAACGCACGACUCCACGUACACGCUGUACAGAUUGGGCGAGAGGCUGUCGAGCGGAGUGAGACUGUACGUGGAAACCGGGAGAACGGAUGGUCUGGACGCGGAUGGAGACUCGCCCAACAGUCUUCAUUCGUUCACGGGGCCGCCGGUUCCUCAGGGAGAAGGAACCAGCAUCGCGAGAGCGUUCUUGGACGGCAAUCACACCCUGAUAAGCAUCAUGGCGCGCAUCAACCCCAGCCCGGACUGGUUCGUCGGAGUCGACUCCUUCCAACUAUGCGUCGAAGGCAAUUGGGUCGAUACCGUUACCGUCGAGCUGGACCCGCUGGACGGUGGAACGGAUAACGGGUUCACGUUCACGGCUGCCAACUGGCCGACUCAGCCGCAAGGAAUCGCCUACAGGAUCACGUCGCGGUAUCCAGCGCAUCCCGCUGGAAGCUUUUAUUAUCCGAAUCUACCUCGACUGCCACCGAUAGCGACCCUCACUUUUACCAAGCUACGUGAGUACACGCUAACCGAAACGUAUCACGAAGACGACGUCGAGGUGGAGUUCGUCAGCAACGACAAUCUACUAGCGAACAGUCCGACCCCGAGGGGGAUCGAUCCGAACAGAGACCUGAACGAGGCCAUCGCCGAGGAACGAAAGGAAAUGGACACUCAGAGAUACAGGUACUGGACAACGACCGGUGGCCAGACGGUGACCGAGCUCCCGCGGGACAACAAGGCGGCGAUCAUGGACAGCAUCGCGUCCUCGUACGCGUUGCAGAGGCCGAGAUUCACCGCGACGCCGCCGCCGAAGAUAUCGAGAUACGACGGGAGAACCGGCUGGCCUUACUAUCAAAAGUACAAACAGACGGCGGAGGCGCAAAAGGCCCAGAUAUUCGAAGACAUACAGAGAAAGAUGGCGAACACGACCAGCGGGAACAGUAUCGGGCACUCGUGGAAUUCCACGGACGCGGCAGCUCAACGCCAGCACAGGCUCAGAAUGAAACACCAUCGACUGACGUCCAAAGGAAAACGUCUGAGAACGCGACCUCCGAGGGACUGCAAAGUGGGCGAAUGGGGGGCAUGGAGCGCGUGCAGUCGUAGCUGCGGCGUCGGAGAGACGCAGAGAACGCGGAAGAUCAUUGUAAAGCCGCGCCGCGGUGGGACACCGUGUCCACCGUUAAAGGGGACCAAGUGGUGCGGCAGCGCGAGCCCGUGCUUCGACGGUAAAUCCAUCGUGGACAGCUAUCAAUGGUAGUCCCGCGAUCGCCGAUGCCCGAGACGAUCCCCGUGAGCGACGAGAGGCCGUCGAACCGAGAACUAUACGUAUUUACCGAAAACGAUCUGCGGGAGGAGACGAUCCGUGGGAGACCCGACGGGUCUCUGGAACAGCGGCUGGGUCGUAAUUAGUGGCCCGCUAGAUUGCGUCAAUAACGUUAUCGUAGUCGUAGCACCAAAGAUUUCGCACGGGCGGUGACAUAUCGGCGUCGCGUUAAUCGAUGGGCGAUCGCUCGAGUUCCUGUUUGAGGUUUCCUAUACGAAGCCGAUUACGAAGACUAAAAACGUUACUUUGAAACAUUUACAACUUCCGCUUUACUUCACUUCUAUUCCUGAAUUCCCGUUGAAUAUAGAUUUAUGUCCAGCGACAGCUUAUAUUCGGUCGAUCGGCGAGCUUUCAGCUCGAUACGAAGGAAAACCCAGCGGUGGUAGUUUAUAAAAAAAAAAAUAUCAUUCCGAGCCUUUGGCCUACAAAUCGAGUUUUCCCUUUUUCGCGUUUCAACUCGUUCGUGUUCGACAAGUCACUUGAAAUUGAAUCCACAUAUUUUCUGGUAAAGUGUUUGGAAAACUCCAGUGAAAAGGCGAGGUACAGGGGGCACGGUACAAAAAUGCAACACGAACGAGUUAAGAGGGAUCGUUCGGGUGCAUAGAAUGCCGCUUAAUUUUCGAGAGGACGGAGAACUUCUGAAUGGGUAGACCCUCGAUCGAUCGCCCGUCGGAUCCGCGUUUUUCUGCGCGAUAUUCCCCCUUAGCCUCGAUCCGGCACGGAAAAUUCGCCGAUCGGAUCGGGCUUAUUUCCCGGCUUAACUUUCGCUGGCAUCGCCGUCACCCGGCGGCACAUAGAAAACUUGUCCGCCUUUACGAAUUUUCGUCGACGGCUCACAACCAACCAGUACGAACGGACGACGCGUCGAUCAUCCGUGCGAUCGGAAAAACGAAGAUAAAGGCUGUCGCGAAAUUCCACGAGAAUUCGUGCCGGUUCUCGCGGAUUAUCCAGCCGGGAUAAAGCGAAUUCCCGUACAAGAUCCGUUGAGCUGUCCCAGUUCCCACCGUUCCCGGAUAUCCUGUCGCGAACGAUCCGCUCGAUCUCGUGGAAUUGCCGGAGGACGGAAAAAAGGAGACGAACACGGUGACGAAAAUAGAGUCUUACGUUGGAUAAAAAGAAAAAAUCGCUACGUCUGUAAAUUCGGAAGGGAGAACGAAAUUUUCCAGUGAAAGGGAAUUAAUCACAAUCAGGUAGAGGUGCUCUAAACGGAGCCGAUGGUCGAAGCUCGGAAUUUGUACACGACGAUGCAUUUCGCUACGGUUCUAUUAACCCUUUAACCGAGUACACUCGUCGCUGGAGAGUGGAGCUUGCGUCGUCGUCGCGAACGGCAUGCAAGAGUUUAUCGAUCCACGUCCCUUUUCGAUGUUCCUCCCCUAAAUAAAAGAAAGAUACCGAAUGCCUUACCCUCCCUUAAAAAAUAAUUACGCGAUUAAAGGGUUAAAAGUGCCACUCGGAAAGGUUGAUAUCGGCGCGGAAAGACGACGACUGCCUCGUCGGAUUCAUGCUAGAUCUACGAAUAAACGAAGAGAGAGGAGAGGUGAAAACGAUUCUAAGAAGAUUCGAAAGAUCUUUUCCCAGUUGCUUCGAUGCUCGUUCUCGUGGCGCGAUAGGGAAAUUUUUACAAGAAAAAUAAAAGGAGAAUAAGAAAAUAUCAUCAGGUACGUCUUAGGUGAGUGUAUUAUAUCUUAGGCGUAAAUUUAACGAUAAUAAUUAACGACUAACGUUUAAUCGUAACUGAUUAAUUAAAGUAUGGUACGAAACCCUGGAAGAGGGCUGCGUGCAACGGCUCGUCCUCCUCUCGCGUUCGCUGUACACGCGUAAUAUCGCGCUGUUCCGUAACGAGCGAGGAACGUGACUGCAAUUAUGCUGCUGGCCACGCAGUUUGCGUCGCGGGACACUCUGUCGCGCGUGAUCAAGUAUCGCAUCGAGUAAUUAAAACGAUCAAAGGGUGGACGGGGGGUCGAAAACGGAAGGGACGCGGCCGACCGCGUACGCUCCGAAAAAUCGAUACGGUACAAAACGAGUCGAGAUCUUCUCGUGUGAUUCGCGAGACGAGACGAGAUUUCCCGCGCUGGCUCGUUCGAUCCAAGCAAAGGAGGGAAGUUACACUCGGUGGAUCGUGAAAUUCCUCGCGGUAUAGAGAAUACGCAUCCGACAGAAGUGGCGAGGGGGACGAGGGGGCCUUUUCAUUUCAACCGGAAAGAAGGACCGAGCCGGGCGCAGUUUUAGCAGCAUUAAGGAUGAACGUUUUAUAAACUAAACGCUCGAGGGGACGCUUUCUUAACGAAAGUUUCAACGACACGGGGAGAGAGAAGGAGUAGCUGUACUUUUGCCUAAGAAAUAAAAGCGCGAGAUAACAAGGAGGAGAGUGGAGACGUUACCAAAGAAACGCUCGUGUAAAUGUGUAUCUUAUCCUUUCCCUUAUUUCCCUCUGCCCGACUCACCCUUUGCAUUCCCCCUGGAAACUUUUUCCUUCUCGACCCCCCCCGUAACACCCGUUUCCUCGAAUCUUCCGUUGUCCCUAGCCACCCGCGUCAUUUUUCUUCCUCUCUGUCUCUAGUCUGUAGAAACGCAUAAUGCUUCCUCUCUUUCUCUCUUCUUCCCGAGGGCCGCGUGCAAACGAGGACAAUGACAAAUCAAUCUAGAGAGAGGGAGAGAUCGAUGAUGGGAAUGAAGGUGAACGAUUUCUGUACAAGUCACUGUGCAUUCUAGCCUCUAAGGACCUUAGCCGAUAGGAAUUUAGCCGUUAAGCAAGAACAUGUAGCAAUGUAUAACACAUAAGUUUAUAUUACAUAAUAAAAUCUGUCGAUAAAAUCCGUUCGAACGAUAUUUUUCACUUGUGACGUAUGAUGAAUGGUAUUCGUAUCUUAAUAAAGUAGCUGUUAUUUCAGGAAA